UAUAGAUGUCUGCUGGAAUUUCUUUCCCCCCCUCAUCCAUUUCGCCGUUAAAUCGAUGGAGAUGACAGAGUGCAGGUGCUGCCGCGGCGCGCAGAGCCAGCAGGGACGGUGUGUGGUGCACUAGGACCGGGGAGAGAUUCUUCUCGUCGUGUGCAUUGCAACUACAGAGCGGAGCUGUGAAGGAAACCCCCCAUCGGAUCUGGCCAUUAUAUCCUUACAUUCCUUUUUUUUUUUCCCUCUCCCCCCCCUCCAUCUCCACCGCGGCGCGGUUGAGUUGGGAUUGCACUAACCAGUCGCGUCUGGGAUAGUCGAGCACCCAGGAGAGGGAUGGCAAUUUAACCCAAUUUGUGUAAAAGUCAGCUUUUUGGGGGGUGGAGAUGGCGGUCGCUUUGCAGCUAAGCCUCAACUCGGUUUAAUCCAACGUUUUAUUAGUAGUAGACUCUCCUUUUCUCCCCGUCAUCCGUUUUUUUUUUUUUUAAUUUAUUUUUAUUUUUUUUUAUUUGAAGCGCGCAAAGUCACAUCUGCGUAGGAGAGCGCUUGGCGCACUUCUUCCCCCAAAGGACAGAGACAAAAUCUCCAUUCUUCUGUUUGGAUUUAAACCGGACGACUGGCUGAAUGGGUGACCUCGCUGAAACGCAGACUAUCAGCAGCUUUCACCCACUGUGUGGAAACGUGUUUUCUCUGUUGGCCAGGAGUUGUGGUGUCCAAAGCCUUCCCCACUGACUGACAAGCGACGUCGUACCAUUUUGGAAUCGAGUUGAAGACUGUGAGGACGGGGGAGGGAAGAUGAGACCUCCCAGCCCUCUGCUGAUCCUGCUGUACGUCACCCUGUCCAAGAGUGUAAAGGUGGUCUCCAAGAGAGGCUCAGUGGACGGCUGUACAGAUUGGUCAGUGGACUACUUGAAGUACCGGGUGCUUCAGGGGGAGCCCGUGCGGCUGAAGUGUGCUCUGUUCUAUGGUUACAUCCGGGCCAACUACAGCCAGGCGCAGAGCGUGGGCCUCAGCCUCAUGUGGUACCGCAGCUCUGGCCUCGGCCACAGCGACUUCGAGGAGCCCAUCUCUUUCGAUGGCGUGCGCAUGAGCAAGGAGGAGGACGCCAUCUGGUUCAGGCCCGCUGACCUUCAGGACGUGGGCCUCUACUCCUGUGUCUUAAGGAACUCCACCUACUGCAUGAAGGUGUCCAUGUCUCUGACGGUGGCGGAAAACGACACGAACCUCUGCUACAACUCCAACAUGAGAAGAGCUGAGAAGGCUGAGCUCAGCAAGAGUAAAGACAUCCUCUGCCCUGACAUAGAUGACUAUGUUGAACCUGGCAAAGAGCCAGACAUCGUGUGGUACAAGGAAUGCCGCCCCAAGCAGUGGCGCGCUAGCAUCAUCCAUAAGAGAGAUAUUCUGUCCAUCCAGGAGGUGAAGGAAGACGACAUUGGGAAUUACACCUGCGAGAUCCAGUUCGGUGGCUUCGUGGUCAGAAGGACGACUGAACUCACAGUAACUGCUCCGUUGACCGACAAACCGCCAAAGAUCCUGUUUCCCUCGGAAAACAAGAUUAGCAACAUGGAGCUGCAGCUAGGGAGCGCUUUGAACCUCACGUGCCGGGCUUUUUUCGGCUACAGCGGUGACGUUAGCCCGCUCAUCUACUGGAUGAAGGGGGAGAAGUUCAUAGAGGACCUUGACGAAGAGAGAGUCCAGGAGAGCGACAUCAAGCUUGUCAAGGAGCAUCUUGGAGAACAGGAAGUGGCCAUUUCCUUGACUAUCGACUCUUUGGAAGAGGAAGACCUGGGAAAUUAUUCCUGCUAUGUGGAAAACGGUAACGGCCGUCGCCAAGCUACAGUCCAGCUCUUCAAGAGGGCAGAGCUCAUGUACACUGUGGAGCUGGCAGGGGGGCUGGGAGCGAUCCUACUGCUGCUCAUCUUCCUCAUCUCCCUCUACAAAUGCUACAAGAUUGAGCUGAUGCUCUUCUAUAGGAGGCACUUUGGCAGCGAGGACAUCGAUGGAGAAAACAAAGACUACGAUGCGUAUUUGUCCUACACCAAAGUGGACCCUGACCAGUGGAGUCAGGAGACCAGGGAGGAGGAGCGCUUCGCCCUGGAGAUCCUCCCAGACGUCCUGGAGAAACACUACGGCUACAAACUCUUCAUCCCAGACCGGGACCUCAUCCCAACAGGAAGUCUCACCAAUGAGCAUUACCAGGAUGACACACGGCUCUUUGGAGCCUACAUAGAGGACGUGGCGCGCUGUGUGGACCAGAGCAAGCGCCUCAUUAUAGUCAUGACACCCAACUACGUGGUGCGACGGGGCUGGAGCAUCUUCGAGCUGGAGACGCGACUGCGCAACAUGCUGGUGACUGGCGAGAUCAAAGUCAUCCUGAUCGAGUGUGCCGAGCUGCGCGGCAUCAUGAACUACCAGGAAGUGGAGGCCCUUAAACACACCAUUAAAACCCUCACUGUCAUCAAGUGGCGCGGCCCCAAAAGCAACAAGCUCAACUCCAAGUUUUGGAAGCAGCUGCAGUACGAGAUGCCGUUCAGGCGCACGGAGCCCAUGCUCACCCACGAGCCCGCGCUGGACGUCAGCGAGCAGGGCCCCUUCGGAGAGCUGCAGACCGUCUCGGCCAUAUCCAUGGCGGCGGCCACCUCCACCGCCAUGGCCACCGCCCACCCAGAGCUGCGCUCCUCAUUCCACAACACCUACCACACCACCAUGAGGCAGAAACACUACUACCGCAGCUAUGAGUACGACAUACCUCCAGGAGGGACCCUGCCACCUCUCUCCUCUCUGGGGAACCAGCACACCUACUGCAACAUCCCUCUAACACUGCUAAAUGGCCAGAGGCCUCCGGGAAAGAGCCGGGAACACAGCCUGGAGGAGGCGCACGCCAACAAUGCCAUGCUCCCUCUGCUGCCCAGAGAAACCAGCAUCUCCAGCGUCAUCUGGUAACGACGAACGAUGACUCGGCGGCAUCGGCUUUAGGACAAGAGUCGAGGUCAGAUGCGCGCAGGCUCGGUCUGGUAGUGCGGAGUCGUGAUUAUGGCAAAAAAGAACGAACAAAAAAAACAAGUGUUGUGGAUCCAUUUGCCUCAAGCUGUUGUUAAACGACAGCAAUUAAUAGAGGCGCGGCAGGUUUUUGGACACGUUUUCCCUUGUUCUUGAAGAGGACUGCGCCUCUUUUACACAGGACGUUUUCUAUGUGGAACUACAGGGGAUGACGUGGAAACGCUGUUUCACUGACUAGCGAGAGACGGACUUGCAAGAACUCCACAUUAAAGGACAAACACACUAUGGCAAUUGUGCACACAAGCAUAAACAUACACUCAAAAAUGUGCAUACAUACAAACAAAAGGAAAACAGGGUCUGUACAUAAUAGUUCAAUUUAUUUGUAGCAUCAGUGUUUUCCUGUUUUGUUCUUUUGUUUGUUUUAUCAUGUUUGUUGCCAUGCUCUCUACUGUAGGAUUUUGCUUUAACUUGUUACACAGAGUUGUAUAUUUUUUAUUGUUUUUUUGUUUUGUUUUUUUUUAGUUUUUUAUUCUUAUUUUAACACGCUUGUUCGGAGAGCCAGUAUGUCACAUACCUGCACUGCUGUGUUCUUUUGUUUGUUUGUUUUUGAAAUCUUUCUGUAGUUUAAGAGAACAUUUUUAAAACUUUUUUGGGAAAUCGCCUGGACAUUUCAGGAACCUUGAGGAGCUGACACUUGUUUUUGUUUACCUGUAAAAGGUGUAUCUAGUUUAAAAGGAAACUCUCUUUUAAAAAAUCAUAGAAUAUGCAAAAAGAAGGAAGAGCUGGCAUAAAUAUAUCGCCCUGCGGGACCGAGGAGGAGUGGUUGGGGAACAGUGCUAGUCCCCUCCAAUCAGAUAGACCGACAGACUGGCAGAUCUCUCUCUAAAGCUUCAUAUUUUCUAUUGAAACAAACAGCCUUGCUGUUUUAGAGUGAUAGUGAAAUGCCUCACCUUAAAAAGAAAUCUGUAGAUUAUUUUAAAAAGAAUUCUAUUUUUAUAACAGAAAAGAGUUUGCUUGAGAAGUCAUACUUAUUUGCAUUUCAUCUUCCAUAGAAAGAGGAUUUGUGUAUAAGUGUUAUGCUGGUUUUGUACACUUGCAAUGUGGUUCUUGGUUCGUUAAGAGAUUGAGGUGGCUUUUGAAUCCCAAAUGACAAAAUAUGUGCUCUACUGUUCUCGAUUCAAAAGUAAAGCAUUUUCAAUGUUUUGGUUUUUAAAACAUAAUAUUAUUAUUCCCAUCCUGAUAAUUCAUUUGGUUCAUAUGGCUAGUUCAUGUUUAAGGAAAGAAAAUAAUACAUAUGUGUUUUGAAAGACUUUUUAAAUAUAUUUGAAGGUGUGAUUUUUGAGUAUGCAUAGCAAAUAGAUAUGUAUUCUAUAUAUAAUAUAGAUAUUUAUAUAAAUAUAUAAACACAAUUUUCACUGGAAAGAAAUGUCUAUCUUUAUAGAAACACAAUCAUUAUCAGUUGCCCUUACUUUCUCACUGCACAUUAAAAACAUUG